CCAGAACACACUUGACUUAACCCCGCGCUAUAAAUGUGGGAUCACGAUCGUUAUCAUACAAGACCACAAGUAGACCUUAGAGGUAGAAUCCCACACGACUACCAUCCCAGAGGCAGAGAUUACGGUAGAGACUACUAUCGUGACAGCAGUAGCAUAGGUAGCAGAAGCCGAAGUAGAAGCCGAGGUCGUUAUAGAUCACGCAGCAGAUCUCACUCGAGGGACAGAUAUUAUCACCGCAGGGAACGUAGAGAACGAGGUUAUUCAUACCGCUCUCCACCCCGUUACGUAUAUUACGAACGUCCUUCCUAUUCGCAAAAUUACUACGUUGAACGGAGUUACCCUAGAUAUCGCGACAAUAUGAGUGGUGGAAGAUCCUACGGCCGUCCUAAGACGUGCGACAACUGUGGCUCAUACGAUCACUUGCGAGCACAGUGUACCGAUCAGUUACAGUGUCACGCCUGUGGUGGCUACGACCACGUCAAGAGUGGCUGCCCCCACACCGGCGAAAUGUGCGAGGUGUGCGGCAAAAUAGGUCACUUGAAGAACAAGUGUCACCAGGCUGCCCGAGAGAACGCUCCUCCAGGAGGUGGCAGUAACAACGAGGGCCAGAGAGAGCGAGCCCCCCGCCCUCCACGUGGCGACAUUGCUGGCAAGAAAUGUGACAACUGCGGACAGUUCGGUCACCUGCGCGCCACCUGUGGAAAUCCUCCCGAGUGCCAUGCCUGUGGUGCUUUCGAGCACGUGAAGGCCGACUGCCCUCAUCUGGACAAGACGUGUGGCAUCUGCGGCAAGGUCGGUCAUUUGAAGGCCAAGUGUCACGCUGACGGCGGUGGUUCGUCACAAGGCCCUCCCCGCGAGCGUCGUCAAAGAGACAACAGAGACCAAGGCCCCAAGGUGUGCCGCAACUGCUCGUCCGCUGACCAUCUUGUAGCCAGCUGCCCCAACCCAAGGGAAUGCAAUGCGUGUGGGUCUAUAGAUCACAUGAAGGCUGACUGUGAGCAAGCCGACUCUACUUGUGGAACCUGUGGACGCGUCGGUCACCUCGAUAUUAAGUGUAGACAAGCGACGAAGUAGAGGAAUUACUAAAAUACGGUGCAGAUAUCUAUAUAGUAGUAGUCUCCGUGUGGGAUGGUUCGGAAGAGGUGCCAAUAUUCUUUUGGGUUAACUUUGCCAUUAAAGAAUAGCUGGCUUUAUAUACA